AUGGCGGUCAGCAACACGAGCUUCAAGGCUGGUCUCCUGGGUUUCUGCGUCGACAGCGAGAUGACCAAUGGCACGUCGUUCGACCACUUCUUCUACUACAAGUUCGGGUCCUCGUACGACGAUUUGUCGGUGCUGAACGCCGACGUGUGGUCCAAAUACUCGUCCGAUGGGAUCUGCAAGGGCUACAGCAACGCGGGUGACGUGAGUGACGAGGAGCAGACGGCGUACGUUUCGGUCCUGGCCACGGCUGCCGGCAUGGACGCUGUUCAAUUUGACAAGUUCCUGGACAAGUCGUGUGGUCUCCUGGGCACGGCCACAAUGACAUUCGGCGGCAUGAGUCUGUCGAACGGUGUGAUGGCAAUCGUCGCGAUGGUGGGCGCCAUCACUUGCUGCAAGGGCAACAAGAAGUGGGUCGGUGGAGGAUUCUUCCUAGCGAGCUCGAAGCCUCUGGGUAAGGAGGAUGACGCAUCGUUCAAGGCGUCUUUUUUCCUGAUGAUCAUCGCGAUGCUGCACUACCCUGUGGCAAUAUUCAUGUUCUGGAAGCACCUGAAGAUGCAGCAGGAGGCGCAGAAGGAGUUUGACGAGGAUCACUUGACGUACACAGGCGCUGAGACGCCUGUGAGCGGGGCUCCUGCCACUCUAGUUUAA